CGCGCGCGCGCGAUGAUUUACACCAGGCACAGCGAGAGCAGCCGUGACUUGGAGAGCCACGAGCCGAUUUACGAGCAGGAUGCGUUUUUGAACGAGCAUGGGUACGCGUGGGACUACGUGCUGGUGUUUCCGAUGUCGACGAUGCAUCGCAAGCCGUCGAUCGAAGACAUUUGCCACCGACUGCACGCGGCCGGUCUGUCGCUCAAGCUGUUCUACUCGUCCAUGUCGAAGAACAAAGCGGUGCGGCGUCUUGUCUUUUGCCUCGUGCGCGCGCCGCCCGAUUUGCUCAUGAAAGAAGCCGACCGCAUUUCGCUUAACAUGCUGCUCGACGAAAGAGCGCUCAUGGAGGCAGCGCUGCAGGGUUACCCGCUCCAGAACAUUCAGCCCUUCCCCAUCCAAGACACCCUCGGACUCUACGACAUGGGUCCCUACACGUCCAUUCAUAUCAAGUACUCGUGCCGUGACGACAUGCAGCGAUUGUAUCUCAAGCGGGGACCGAUGAACUCGCUGUUCUCGAGUACCCAGCGCAUGCUCCUCACGAAGAGCAUCAUGACCAAUACGCACGGCGGCGCUGGUCUAGACCUGUACAAGAUUUUGCACAACAAUACCCUCGCCGCGUUCUACCCAGCUCACGAACCCACCGAGAGGUCGGAGCUUGCCGCAGCUUGGCUAAGCUGGCACUUUUGGCCAUGGCAGCAGCCACUGUCGUCCAUCCAAUCGUACUUUGGGUCGAAAAUCGCGUUGUACUUUGCGUUCCUGGCGCACUACACGACGUGGCUGAUGGGCGCCGGCGUUGUCGGCCUCGGAUUGUGGAUCCCUCAGCUCGUGCUGCCCAACUCAGGGCUACGAGACCAAGUUGUCGUGGGUUGUUCCAGUGUCUGGAUCGUGAUCUGGGCCACGCUUUUGAUGAAGUCUUGGGGGCGCUACAAUGCCACGCUGGCGUUUCACUGGGGCACGACAAACUUUCAAGCGACCGAGCAGCCGCGUCCGCAAUUUGUCGGGCGCCUGGUCCCGAGUCCCAUUACAGGUCGCCCGAUGCUGUAUUUUGACAAGCGCGAAAAGUUGAACCGCAUGUGCUGGAGCUGGUUGCUCCUGUGUGGUCUCAUUGGGCUCGUGGCCGGCCUCGUCUCGAUGAACUUUUACUUGCAAAACUACUUGAUCGAAGCCAAGUACUCGAUUCGAGUCGGGUCGUGGGACUUUCUUAUCGGCGGCCCCGUCGCGAAUUUGGCCAACGUGGCGCAAAUUGCCGUCAUGUUUCAAAUCUACGACUCGGUGUGUGUCCAACUGAAUGAGAUCGAAAACCACGCGACCGAGUCGGAGCACGAAGGCGCGUUCAUCCUCAAGUCGAUCUUGUUUCACGUGAUCAAUAACUUUGCCGCGCUCUUCUACGUCAUGUUCGUCAAGCGGUACAUUGGCGUGCAAUGCAUGAACAACGAUUGCCUCGGGGAGCUGCGCAUCUCGCUUCUUUUCAUCUUUGGGCUCCAAAUGCUGUGGGGGAACCUACAACAGGUCCUCUUGCCUCGUCUGUGGAGCCUGUGGACAGCGUGUCGAGUCGGCCACCCCCAAGACCACAUCCACCCCCUCGAGGAAGAGUUUUACCUGGCGGAUUAUGGCUGGCUUGGCACGUUCUACGACUACCUCGAGCUCGUGUUGCAGUUUGGGUACACGAUCUUGUUCAUCGGGGCAUUCCCUGCUACACCGCUACUGUCCCUCAUCAACAACGUGUGCGAAAUCCGCAUCGAUGCGUAUCGGCUCUUGAACGAAUACCGCCGACCGACGCCGCGCCAAGCCGCGACGGCAGGGCAGUGGGUCACCGUGCUCGAAGUCCUUGUCACGCUAAGCAUCUUCACCAACGGGUUCUUUUUGGUCUAUUCUUCCAACGUGUUCGACUUUCCAGACAACACGAUCGAAGGCGACUUGGCCAAGUUGCGCCUCUUUGUGCUGUACGUUGCCACGUUGCUCCUGUUUCGGUACAGCGUGUCACGGUACUGGGAAAACGUUCCCGAGCGCAUUCAAGUCCAGCUCAAGCGCCAGGACUUUUUGUCGUCCAAGAUUCUCGGGCGGGAGGCGGACGAAGUCGUGCCUCAGUUUGUCCGGUCCGAGAGCUUUCAGUUCAAGAUCGACUCGAUGGACAACCGACCGGCGUUCGUGUGACCCACACACGAAACCUCGCAGCCAUUGCAGUGUGUAUAAAGCCAUGUAUUUAUGUCUCGUACGUGCGCCACUGCGCC